CUACAGGGGUGCGUACGUUUUUGAGAGACAGUGUUUAGCACCUCCUGCUCCUCGUACACAGUGGAACCAUACUUCUGCAUAUGAUUACAUAUGUUCUAGGAUUUAUGAGCUGAUACUGUUCUCAAGAGUCUGUAGAUGGUACCCAGUGGAGGAUCUUCCUGAGUUCAAGGACACUGGAGACUGGACAGAGACUGGACAAGAGGGUAACACCAACCAGCCAACAAUGUCUUCCAUUGACCCCUACCAGUACAUUAUUGUGGAGCAGCAGUUCUCUCACAAAUUCAGAGUGACGGUGUUGCGAGCUAAGAAUGUCACUAAGGGAGCACUGGGUGACCUGUUGGACACUCCUGACCCCUAUGUGGAGCUGUUCAUUCCCACCACCCCUGAGAGCAGGAAACGAACGAGGCACAUAGACAACGACAUCCACCCAGAAUGGAAUGAGACCUUUGACUUCAUACUGGACCCAAACCAGGAUAAUGUUCUAGAGAUAACAUUAAUGGACGCCAAUUACGUGAUGGACGAAAAGCUUGGGACUGCAUCGUACAACAUCUCCAAGAUGUUGAAAACUGGCCACACAGAGACAGUGCCUUUCCUCAUCGGCAAAGCAACCAAUGUGUACUUAGAGAUGGUCCUGGAGGUCUGUACGAACCUGGACCUGCGGUUCAGCCUGACCCUGUGUGACAAGGAGAAACUAUUCAGACAGGCCCGCAGAGAGAGGGUGAUGCUGGGCAUCAAGAAGCUGCUGGACAUGGAAAAGCCCCGCUUCCUCCCCAGCACCCCUAAGGAGGUGCCGGUGAUCGCCAUAGUGGGUUCAGGGGGAGGCUUCAGGGCCAUGGUGGGCUUCUCUGGGGUUAUGAAGGGCCUGUAUGAGUCUGGGGUCCUGGACUGUGCCACCUACAUUGCUGGCCUCUCUGGAUCCACCUGGUACAUGUCGACCCUGUUCUCUCACCCAGAGUUCCCCUCUAAGGGUCCUAAGGAGAUCAACGCGGAGCUGAUGAAGAGAGUGAGCAGUAACCCUCUGAGACUGCUGCUGCCCAAGCACAUCACCAACUACAUCCAGUCUCUGUGGAGCAAGAAGGCCAACGGACAGCCCGUCACCUUCACUGACAUCUUCGGCAUGCUCAUCGGAGAGACACUCAUCCCUGCGAGGAUGGACACAAAGCUGAGUGAGUUGCAGGAGAAGGUGAACGAGGGCCAGUGUCCUCUCCCUCUGUUCACCUGUCUGCACGUCAAACCAGACGUGUCCGAGCUCAUGUUCGCAGACUGGGUGGAGUUCAGCCCAUAUGAGAUUGGAAUGGCAAAGUACGGAACGUUCAUGACCCCUGAUCUUUUUGGAAGCAAGUUCUUCAUGGGAAUCACUGUGAAGCAGUAUGAAGAGAACCCACUACAUUUCCUUAUGGGGGUUUGGGGGAGUGCCUUCUCCAUCCUCUUCAACAGAGUGCUGGGUGUCAAAGACACUGUCGGGGGGAGCACCAUGGAGGAAGAGCUCGAACAGUUAAAGCCUCAACACAUUGUGGGGGAGGACAGUCUAGAUAAUGACGAGAGGCCUUGGAAAGGAGGCAAGGAGAACCCAGAGGCGGAAGAUGAGUACGGCACCGCCCAGAACAGCUGGGUCCAGCGAAUGAUCACCUCCCUCUUCAGCGGCGACUCCUUGUUUAACACGAGAGAGGGGCGGGCAGGGAAGGUCCAUAACUUCAUGCUAGGCCUCAACCUCAACACCAACAUGCCCUUCUCUACCUUCGGAGACUUUAUGUACCAGAACUCCUGCGCCUCCUUCGAGGAUGAGGUUGAUGCUGUCACAGACCCAGAUGAGUUUGCUGGUAUCUACGAGCCACUGGACGUGAAGAGUAAGAAGAUCCACAUAGUGGACAGUGGUCUGACCUAUAACCUCCCAUACCCCCUCAUCCUGCGCCCGCAGCGUGGCGUCGACCUCAUCAUCUCCUUCGACUUCUCAGCCCGCCCCAGUGACUCCAGCCCACCCUUCAAGGAGCUGCUGCUGGCUGAGAAGUGGGCCCGGAUGAACAAGCUGCCAUUCCCUAAGAUCGACCCCAAAGUGUUUGACCGCGAGGGCCUGAAAGAGUGCUACAUCUUCAAGCCAAUAAAGGGGGAACGGAACUGCCCCACUGUCAUCCAUUUUGUCCUGGUCAACAUCAACUUCAGGAUGUUCAAAGCCCCUGGAGUGCCUCGUGAGACAGAACAGGAGAAGAAGAUGGCUGACUUUGACAUCUUUGAUGACCCCGAGACGCCGUACUCCACGUUUAACUUCCAGUACUCAAACCAGGCCUUCACACAACUCCACGACCUCAUGGAGUUCAAUACACUCAACAACAUCGAGGUGAUAAAAGAGGCAAUUAAGGAGAGCAUUAUGUACAGGAAGGAGAAUCCCUCACGCUGUUCUGUGUCCCUCUCACUCAACGAGAUCCAGAACAAAAUGUUCCUGAAGCGGGAGAAAGCCCAGAAGUGAGAGCCAGAAUGCUGGCAGAAGCGACGUCAAGCUAUCAGAGAAGACUUUGCGAAUUGACAUACAGUACCAUUCAAAAGUUAUUUCUACAUUUAUUUUUUUUUUACUAAAUAACACAUAUGGAAUCAUGUAGCAACCAAAAAAGUGUUAAACAAAUGAAGAUAUAUUUUAUAUUUAAGAUUCUUCAAAGUAGCCACCCUUUGCCUUGAUGACAGCUUUGCACACUCUUGACAUUCUCUCGACAUAAAGUAUUUAUUUCAAGUUAAAGUGUACCGUUAGCUAGCUAGCUAACGUUAGCUGGCUGGCCCGCUAACUAACGUUACGUCAUGCGUUGGGAUUCAUAGUUUACCUAGCUAGCUACAUUUCUUAACUAAAGACUCUCGUCUUAGUGUGCCAGAGCGCAGAAUAACUGAUUCAUUUUUAUGCUCAACACCCGUUGAAUAUGUCCAGUGUCAGUUAACGUCGGCAACAAAGCGUAAUUCAAUUGUUGCCAGCAGCACAGUUAGUCACCAACGCUCUGGAUACCAGCUCUGUUAGGGUGAGUAAAAUGGUCAGAGUGGGGUGUUCUCAUUAUGUGCCUGGAAGUAGCUAGCCAAUGUUAGCCAGUUAGCUUGGGUGCUUGACUGUUGUUGUGAGGUCAGAGCUUUCGGCUCAACCCUACUUAUUGGCCAGAGAGUCCAGUGUGCCCUCUGAACAAGAAACGCUCUGAAAUUACCAACGGACAAUCUGACAGCACAGUUGCAGUCAUCAGCGCUCUGGAUAACAUAACAGCCUAACCAGCUCUGCUAGGGCGAGUAAUGUUCAGUGACCUGUUCUCUCUCUCUCUCUCUCUCGAUGUCUGGAUGAAGCUGGCAAGUUAGUACAGAAUGCUCAGAUCAACCCUUAAAGAGAUGGGUGGGGCUAAGGCUUAAGAGGGUGUGAGCAAUGCUGAAUGGGUGUAGACAAAUAGUAGUACCAAAACAGACAGUUUUCUCAAAAGUGAGUUUACAAGUUUAUCAACUUUCAAAGCAGAAUUAAUUUCCCAUUGUUUCCUUAAAUGCAGUGUAUGAUAUACCAUUUGUUGUAGCUCUGACUCUCUACUUUUAGCCAAUGUACAAAAACAGAAAUUUAAAUUUUGCUACAUAAGACCGAAUCCAGGUGGUGAGUCACAUACAGUUGAAGUCUGAAGUUACAUACACCUUAGCCAAAUACAUUUAAACUCCAGUUUUUCACAAUUCCUGACAUUUAAUCCUAGUAAAAAGUCCCUGUCUUAGGUCAGUUAGGAUCACCACGUUAUUUUAGGAAGUGAAAUGUCAGAAAUAAAGUUCAGAGAAUUAUUUAUUCCAGCUUUU